CGUCCACGGAUCCUAUCGGUCUCUCCUGUGUCCUCUUCAGUCUCCACGCCGUUCCAGAAGUCGCCAACCUUCCCUCGCCGCCGCGCCGCAACAGCCGCCUCCCCUCCAAGGUAGCCCAAUCGAAACCACUCGCCCGGCCACCAUGGCCUUUGCCAGCUCGCUGCUUCCCGUGCCGCCCUACCGCGUCUGCGCGACCCCCGCGUCGGAGGUCGCCGCCUUCUCGCCGGCCAAGAAGAGCGUCUCGCUCGCCGCUGCGCGCCAGCGCCGAGGAUCCCGUCACGGAGUGAGGGCAGAAGUAAAUGAAUCUGGAAGUGUUUUGGCUGUUGAUGCACUCUCGCAAGUUAAACAUGUUCUGCUUCCAGUCCUUGAUCGCAACCCUUACCUUUCUGAAGGCACAAGACAGGCUGCAGCAACAACCGCUUCCCUCGCAAAGAAGUAUGGAGCAGAUAUUACUGUAGUUGUUAUUGACGAUAAACCAAAGGAGUCUGUCCCAGAGCAUGAUACUCAAAUGUCAAGCAUUAGAUGGCAUCUCUCAGAAGGCGGAUUUUCGGAGUUUAGAUUGAUGGAGCGUCUUGGGGAAGGGCAGAAACCAACAGUUAUCAUCGGGGAAGUUGCUGAUGAGUGGGACUUAGACCUGGUUGUGCUAAGCAUGGAGGCAAUCCACUCCAAGCAUGUCGAUGGGAAUUUGCUCGCUGAAUUCAUCCCUUGCCCUGUUCUACUGCUCCCGCUCUGACAUAGAGCUGAUUUGCAUCUGUCAUGUUUUUUUGAGACAAAUGAUCUGUUUGUCCUUGAAGAUGUAACUCCCGCAUGUUCCCUGGAUACGAGGGGUUUGCGUCAGCUGAUGAUUCUAUUAUGUUGAUGCAGUUUUUUUCGAAUUUGUGUGCCUGUGAAUAUUGCUAAGAAAAUUAUGUUACUCU